GGUAGAUAAAAUGAGUACCGCCAAUUUAUCAAUACUGGCCACAUUCGACGAUUUGCGUCGAUGCAUUCAAGUCCUAACCGAUGGCACGGCCGAAGAAGAGCUCUUGAAAAUUUUACAGCUUCAAAAGAAAAUGCAGCUAGAAUGUCUUUCGAGGGCCCAAGAAGCCCAGCGUAUACAAAAGGAAUUGGAUGCUUCGUUGCAGUCAAUGGCAGAUUUGGAAACAAAAUUGUUUCAUGCCCGUCGUUUGUUGGAAAUGGAAAGCAAGGCUCGCAAAGAGGCAGAAUAUGAUCGCGAUCAAAUGGAGAAGAAGCUAGUUGCCGUGGCUGAUCUCUUGCAACAUGAGAAUAAUUUGAAAAAUGAAACAAGGGACAAAUUGGGUUUCCUGCACACGCUGCCUAGAAAGCGAAAAUCUGUUAAUCGGAAUUUGGAAGAAAAAUAUGGCAACGAAAUCAACUCAACGGGUAGCUUCUUGUCGGACCUUUCAAUAACACAAUCGGAGGAUGACUUCUUGGAUGAUCGUCCAUCUCGAACGUGGCAUAAAAACCGACACUCGGCAGCAAACAAUGGUACGGCCUUUGGCAAUAAAAGAACUCGUUUGUGCGAUGAUAAUGCUAACACUCCUCCAGUUCUGCAGCAACCCGUUAGGCGUUCUACCAGGCGUAGUAAGUCGAACACGAACAACAACAACAACAAUCAGCAGUAUAAUGUAAUAGAUCUGGUCAACGGAUCGGAACGCAUUUGCGCCACCACUAAGGUUUCUAUACCUCAAGAUGGCAAUGGAGCCAUACGUGCUGAGUCUACAAUUGAAACUGUUCCUGUGUUGGUACACAAGGAAGAUUCGCCAGCAGAAGAAAUUCAAUCAUCUACGCCAUGUCGUUCACCCUUAAAGCAGAAUAAUUUCCAAGGAAUUGUAAACAACGCCGACUCUCCAAUGGCACAAAAUCUAAAAUCAACAGGAACCCUAAAGAGAUCACAUAACUUUGUGAGCAAGACUUUUAUUAGAGGCGAAACAUGUGUACAUUGUUCUAGAAAAAUUCGUUUUGGCUCCGUUGGUCUACGUUGCCGUGACUGUCCAAUCAGAUGUCAUACCGAUUGCCGUCCAUCGGUUACAGUUUCCUGUGUUCCCUCAACUGGCACACCCACUAUCAAGGGUCUAAUGGGUCAUAUUGCCGACUAUGCACCAUCUGUGGCGCCCAUGGUUCCAGCCCUUAUUGUACAUUGCGUCAAUGAAAUAGAAGCACGAGGUCUUACCGAAGUUGGUAUAUACCGUGUAUCUGGUUCCGAAAGAGAAGUCAAGGCAUUGAAGGAACGUUUCCUCAGGGGCAAAUCACCGCCUCAAUUAGCCAACAUUGAAGUCCACGUUUUAUGUGGCUGUGUUAAAGAUUUCCUUCGUUCUCUGAGAGAACCACUCAUACCCACAAAUCUGUGGAAAGACUUUUGCAAUGCUGUACAAAAUCCAUCCGAAGAGGAUAUACAAAAGGAUCUAUAUAAAGCAAUAGAUGCUUUGCCUCAACCAAAUCGUGACACUUUGGCUUAUUUGAUUUUGCAUUUCCAACGCAUAGCUGAGUGUCGUGAAGUCCUAAUGCCCUUGGAUAAUAUUGCCCGGGUAUUUGGACCUACAAUAGUGGGUUAUUCUUCGCCUGAUCCAGAUCAGCAUGCCAUCUUUACCGAGGUCUACACCCAAUAUACGGUAAUGUUGCAUUUAUUAAAAAUACCAAGAGUAUUUUGGAUCCAAUAUGUACCUCAGAUCGAAGAUAAGGAAAACAAACACAAUGCAGCAAACAUAAAAGAAACUCCUGGUAAUAAUAAAGAAUCCAUUUAUUCACUAUAUGCAACCCCUUUAAAAUCCACACUUAAAAAGCGACGUCUCUAUGGCAGUCCCCCAUAUCCAAAAGAUUAGAUUAAAUCAUAAGA